AUGAACGAUGAUAGUGAAAUCCCAUCAAUAUUCAAUAAGAAUCGAACGAUAGAUAGUGCUCCAUUAUUCACGUGUGGACUCAAAUUAGACAAAUAUGAUUAUGAGAAAAAAAUACAUUUAGAACGAACAUUUCGUCAAAUAAUUGAUGAAUUACGUGUAAAACAAUCGAGUCUCCCACCUGAAGCUCAAAAUGAUUUAGCAUCGAAAUCUAUGCCAAUUGAAUAUUAUGAUUCAUUCUUCAUUGAUCGAAAUGGUGACGAAUUAGCAUCGGCUAAUGUUGGAGCACUUCAACAAGGUUGGGUUAUACCCGAAUAUGAACAAGUCUAUCGGUUAGCUCUACCUGAUAGUGAACAGCAAGCAUCGUUACACCGAGCCCGUCGACCUAAACCAUCAUGCUUCAAUUGUGGAGCAUUAGAUCAUGGCGUACAAGGAUGUCAUAUGAAAUUAGAUAGUGAUCGUAUUCGUCGUAGUCGAGAACAAUAUCAAGAACAAAUGGCUGAAGCAUGCGGCUACAAUGAUCUAUCACAAGCGAACGGAGGCUAUGGAAAUGCAGGUGAACCAACUAGUCGUUAUCAUGAAGAUUCGUAUCAGUCAAGUUUAAACGAUCAAGUUGUUAUUGACGAACGUUUUAGACGUUUUCAACCGGGUUCUGUCGGUUAUGAAUUACGACAAGCAUUAGGAAUUCGUGAGAAUCAAUUACCUAUGUAUAUUUAUAACAUGCGCCGAUGUGGUUAUCCACCUGGUUGGUUACGUGAAGCACGUGUGAAAAAAUCGGGUUUACAAGUUUUUCAUGACAACGAAGAAGGUGAAAUUAUUGAAUCAAAAAAAACCGAACCCAUUGAUCCAACUGGACAAGACAAUGUCUUUCCCGGUGCAUUACUGGAGGACAAUAUGCAAACUCAAGCUGAUUUAAAUAAUGAAGACGUUUAUGAGUAUGAUUUCGAUAAAGUCGUUUCAUUUCCUGGUUUUAACGUUCCAGUACCAGAUGGUUUUAUCGAUGAAGCUUAUACAUGUUCAACGUUAGCAUCAUUUGAUAAACAGCAAAGUAAAGAAAAUCUUAUCGAAGAAAUGUAUCUAUUGAAAAAACCUUCACUUAAACGUAAAUCAACACUGGAAACAUACAAGCCAACACCCAUUGAAGAAUUGAAUACAACCAAACAAACAAAAGCAUCAAUAACUACUGAAUCUAGUUCACCUUCAAUAACAACGGAUCAUGCUCAUUCAUCAACAAAUUAUGAACAAAAAAGUCUUGGACAAGUUUCUGGUACACCUCUAUGGAUGUAUAGUAGUACACCUAAAUUGCAUGUACCACAACAACUGCCUAGUCGAGAUCAAUUUCAACAAGGCAUUUGUGAUCAUUUACCAUUUGAAAAUUUACCUUCGUAUCAAACGGAAAAAGUUGGACGUAUUUUUGAUCUACUCAAAGAUGUACAAAAACGGCUUGAAAGUCUUAAUAGUGAUUCUACAUCUGCAAUCAAAAAAGAAAACCUUAACAAUGAUAAUAAUAUGCAAAUGUCUCCAGAACAUACGCCAGAAUCUUAA